UGAAACUGGUGGGCUGAACUGCAGAGAGGGGAGAAUUGGCUCUCCGGUCUCUCUCCAGUCAGAGAAAAAUUACCCUACAGUCCUCCACACGAGACUCCAGCGAUGCGAUAAAUACUGCACCUUUGAUAUCUGGCCAUUGCAUCAAUAUUGCAGGAUUAAACGGUCAAGACGGGUGGUCUGGAAUUUAAAGUGUUUUCAUGAUGCAGUUGUUGGACUUGUGGACCACAUUCAUCCUCUUUAAGGAUUUUUACCUGACUUGAGAAAACCUUACUUACAUGACAUCAUACUAAGAGGGGAACUGGAUAUCCAGCUUCCCAAGUCCACCAGCACCCCUCUGUGGCCUGUGGUGGGUUGCACUUGGAUUUAAAACUAUCAAGCCACUGCGAACCAUGGAUGACCUAAUCGCCAGACACUACAACUUCACUGGGAAAUUUCGCAAGGUCGACAAGGACCCGGGACUCAGAGCGGACUCUGUUGUCUUCAUCAUCGUGUGCUGCUUCAUCAUCCUGGAAAAUGUUCUGGUUCUCCUCACCAUUUGGAGGACCAAGAAGUUCCACAAGCCCAUGUACUACUUCAUCGGGAACUUGGCCUUGUCAGACUUGCUGGCCGGGGUGGUGUACACUGCGAACAUCUUGCUGUCGGGAGCCAACACGUAUAAGUUGACCCCAACGCAGUGGUUCUUCAGGGAAGGGAGUAUGUUUGUGGCUCUGGCCGCUUCGGUGUUCAGUCUCUUGGCCAUUGCUAUCGAGCGACACCUGACCAUGCUGAAGAUGAAGCUCCAUAACAAUGGCAAGACGUGUCGGGUCUUUAUGCUCAUCAGCACCGUGUGGUUCAUCGCUGCCAUCUUGGGCGGUUUACCAAUUAUGGGUUGGAACUGCAUUGAGAGCAUGAACAACUGCUCUACAGUUUUGCCACUCUACCACAAGACCUACAUUCUCUUCUGCACCACCGUAUUCAGUGUCAUCCUCAUGGCCAUCGUCAUCUUGUACGCCCGCAUCUACGCCCUGGUCCGCACGCGGAGCCGCAAGCUGGUCUUCCGCAAGGUCGCCAACGGCCGCUGCAGUAACAAGAGUUCGGAGAAGUCCAUGGCCCUCCUGAAGACCGUCAUCAUCGUGUUGAGCUGCUUCAUCGCGUGCUGGGCGCCGCUCUUCAUCCUGCUUCUGCUCGAUGUGGCCUGCCAGAUCCGCACUUGCCCGAUCCUCUACAAGGCCGAGUGGUUCCUGGCUCUGGCUGUGCUCAACUCCGCCAUGAACCCCCUGAUCUACACCCUGACCAGCAACGAGAUGCGCCGGGCCUUCAUCAAGAUGCUCAACUGCGGCGUCUGCGACCAAGCGGCGGGCAAGUUCUCCAGGCCCAUCAUGGGCGCCGAGUUCAGCAGGAGCAAGUCAGACAACUCCUCCCACCCCAAUAAGGACGAGCCCGAAUACUCGCCCGGGGAAACCAUAGUGUCUUCUGGGAAUAUCACCUCUUCUUCUUAAAGGGACUUUUUGUGUACAUUUACGUCUCGAGUGUGUGUGCAAGUGAGUGUGUUUGUUUGGCGUCUUUGUUGUUUGUGAUCCUUAAUGGUAGCGGAAC